ACCCACAAAUUAAUCAAAAUGAGAAAUCUAUUUUCACAUAUUCUCCUCAUUACCUUCUUUAUCAAUUUGCAUUUGCUAGUCAAUUCUCAUAUGAAUGUUCACCAAAUAGCGCUACUUGUACUGACGGGAGUUGCUGUUCAGAUAGCAGAGUAUCAAUUGUUGCAAAAAUGGUGGCAAUCGUUGUGAUGACGGCAUACGGCAAAAAAUGUUGCGGAAAUGAUACAUGUUAUGAAAAAGAGAAUACAUGUUGCGGAACAUUGUGUUGUGCACCAGGUGACAUAUGUAUGGGACCUGGAAGGUGUUGCAAACCCAGUGAAUCUUGUUGA